AUUUGCCGGUGCCGCUGUUGUAAACAAAAAGUGAGAGACAGACGCUUCACUGAAUUUUCGGGUCAUUUUUAUUUCUUUAAUUUACAAUGUCUCUGGGAAUGUCUUACAAACCCAAUGUCCAUCAGCACAUUCCGGGAACUUCUGGGAACCAAGUUGGGAACCUUCAGUCUGCCUCAGCGGCUAACUUGGCCACGUUGCAGUCCUACAGGCCGCUCCUGAGCGACUAUGGACCUCCAUCUCUGGGAUUCUCACAGGGAUCCACUGGAAGCCAAGUGCCUCAGAACAAAUACGCAGAGCUGCUGGCCAUCAUCGAGGAGCUGGGGAAGGAGAUCAGGCCCACAUACGCUGGAAGCAAGAGCGCGAUGGAGAGACUGAAAAGAGGGAUUAUUCACGCCAGAGGGUUGGUGCGUGAAUGCUUGGCUGAGACUGAGAGAAACGCGAGGUCCUAGCUACCGAACACACACACACACACACACACACACACACAUUCCUCCCUUUGCAAGAAGAAGAACUAACAGUGUGCGUCUUACGAGAAAAGAGAAAAAAACAAGAAAAAAAAACAACAACCUGCAUGGCAUUUCCUUUUGAGAAGGAGGAAGUAAAUGAAGAAAAAAAGGAUGAUCAUGAUGAUCAUGAUGAUGAUAAGAGAAAGCAAA